AUGCUUGCGCCCCGUGCCCUACUAGUUUUUGCCCUCGCAGCGGCUGUCCUCGCUGAAUCAGCCAAUGAACUACAGAGGUGGACACAGGAAACGAAAUGCAGCUGCUGCAAAGUCAUUAUGGGCGACAUCAAAACGAUUGUGAUCAACAUCACAGGCAAACUUGAACCCGUCCUCCAGAAAGCCAUUCAGGUUGCUUGCCGACGCUACGUCAUGAUUGAACCAUUCGAAAAGAUUUGCGAAUACAUCGGUGAGACUCUGCUUCAUCCACUCUUCGAAUGGCUCUUGAAGAAGGAAGGAGAAAUCGAUCCCGAAUUCGAUUGCCAGUACAUGAAAUACUGCCCACGUCCAAAGGGCUUCGAAGUAUUCCUUCGCAUGCUCAAGGUGGCUGAUGUACCUGACUUCCAUUAG